CCCCGGCCCCCCCUCUGCUUAAGAUCAUGGAGUCGCCCGGGCGCCAGGCCGCCGAGGCGGAGGUCGGCCCCGCCGAGGUCCUCCAGCUUCGCGCCCAGAUCCUGGCCUUCCGGUACCUGGACAGCGACUUGCCCGUGCCGGCGGAGGUCCUGGCCGCGGCGCUCGGGCCGCCUGACACCCGGGCCGCCUGCGCGCACGAACAGGCGGAAGAGCAGGAGGACCCGCUGCUGGACCCGCUGCUGGUGGCGCUGCGCUCGCCGCUGGCCAGCGGGGACAUCGCCGCGCAGCUGGACUUCCGGGCAGCCUUCCUCCGGUCCCGGGCUCAGGAGCGCCUGGCCCUGCUCGGGGAUCUGACCGCGUCGGACCUCGGAACCGGGCACCUGGGCGAGGGGGGCUCGCUCAAGGUCCAGGCCAUGUCCGAGCUGCGGGCCCUGCGCCUGGUGGACCUCCAGCGUGAGCUCAAGGACCGAAUCGUGCGCAUGCAAGACCCAUCCACGGCCGUGGACCGCAUGCUGACGGCCGGGGCAGCCACCUACACCCGCGCGGCCACCCUCCCGGCGGCCGGGGCCGGGUCACUUGCCGACAUGAGCAUCACCGAGCGCCUGGAGCGACAGCAGCAGGUGGAUCGGCAAAUCCGCGAGGAGCGUGACCGGCUUCGCCAGCGGGCCUCCGUGGCCAGCCUGGUCGAUCACUCACAGGCAUUCUUCCGCUCGCAUGCGUCCUCCUCCCGGCGACUAUCCAUGCUCGGGCGGUCGGUGGUCCAGUUCCAUGCGACGCAGCAGCGCGACGAGGAGCGCCGGCAGGACCGCGUACGCCGCGACAUGGUCCGCUUCUUGAAGGAAAACAACGAGGCGGAGUUCCGUGCGCUGGUCCGGUCGGCCAAGAACGCGCGUGUGUCCUACCUGCUGGAGCAGACGGAUCUCUUCCUGGAGAACCUGCGCGGCAAGGUCCUCGAGCAGAAGCAGGCCAUCUCCACCGGCGGCCUGAGCGGGUCCACCUCGCAGGUCUUCGGCCAGACGACGCCGGCGGGGGAUGCCGCCACGGCCGACGUGGCCCCGGCCGAGGGGGGCACCGAUGACUUUUACCAAAUCGCACACUCCAUCCUGGAGCCGAUCACCGAGCAGCCGGGCAUCCUGGUGGGCGGCCAACUGAAGGAGUACCAAAUCAAGGGCCUCCAAUGGAUGGUGUCGCUCUACAACAACAACCUCAAUGGCAUCCUGGCCGAUGAGAUGGGCCUCGGCAAGACCAUCCAAACGAUCUCCCUCAUUUCGUACCUCAUGGAGAAGAAGAACCUCAUGGGGCCGUACCUGAUUUUGGCCCCCCUGUCCACCCUGAGCAACUGGCGGCUUGAGUUCGACCGGUGGCUGCCGUCGGCCAACCUGAUUGUGUACAUGGGCGGGCGCGACGUGCGCCGCCAGCACCACGCCGCCAUCCGCAGCGGGGACUUCCACGUCCUGCUGACCACCUAUGAGUAUGUCAUCCGAGAUGUGGGGAUCCUGUCGCGGCCGCGCUGGUCGUACAUGAUCAUCGACGAGGGCCACCGGAUCAAGUCCCGGUCAUCCAAGCUGAAUGUCACCCUGGCCAAGCAUUACCCGGCGCCGCACCGGCUGCUGCUGACCGGCACGCCGCUGCAAAAUAACCUGCCGGAGCUUUGGGCGCUGUUGAAUUUCCUGCUGCCGGUGGUCUUCGGGUCGCUGUCCUCCUUCGAUGAGUGGUUCAAUGCGCCGUUCUCCGGGCACCCGUCGGCCGCGGCCACCGGGGCCACGGCCGGCCUGUCGAGUUCGGCACUGGCCGUGGCGCGCGGCGAGAAGCUCGAGCUUUCCGAAGAGGAGUCGCUGCUGGUCAUCCGCCGGCUGCACAAAAUCCUGGAGCCCUUCAUGUUGCGGCGGCUGAAGAAGGAUGUUGAGCUUGCCCUGCCGGACAAGGUGGAGCGCAUUGUCCGCUGUGGCAUGAGUGGCAUCCAGCAGAUGCUCUACCGCGUCAUGAAGAAGAGCGGGUCCCUAUCCCUGAACGCAGCAACCUCGGGCGGAGACAAUCCUGAUGGCACGCCCUCCCGGCCGCACGUCUACCAGAACCUCAUCAUGCAGCUGCGCAAGAUGUCCAAUCACCCGUUCCUCUUCGACGAGGUCAUCGACCAAAUUGGCGGGCUCGACAGCCCGGAGGACCCGGCCGGCACGUACGCCGAGCGCCUGGUCCGUGUGUCGGGCAAGCUGGACCUGUUGGAUCGCAUGCUCCCCAAGCUCCGGGCCGCCGGGCACAAGACCCUCAUCUUCUUCCAGUCGACCAGCAUGAUGGACAUUGUGGAGCAGUACCUUCAGCAGCGGGCCUUCCAGUUCCUGCGCCUGCAAGGGAACACCAAGUCCGAGGAGCGCCACGAUGCUGUCCGACUGUGGAACGCCCCGGACAGCCCGUACUUCGUGUUCAUGCUGACCACGCGUGCCGGUGGGCUUGGCCUGAACUUGCAGACCUCCUCCACGGUCAUUCUCUUCGAGUCCGACUGGAAUCCCUUUGCCGAUCUCCAGGCCCAGGAUCGUGCUCACCGUAUCGGGCAGAAGCAGGAAGUCCGCGUCUUCCGGCUGAUCACCGCCGACUCGAUUGAGGAAUUCGUCCUGGAGCGGGCCCAGUACAAGCUGAACGUCGAUGCCAAGGUCAUCCAGGCCGGCAAGUUCGACCAGAAGUCCAGCCACCGCGACCGCGACUCCAUGUUGAAGGAGCUGCUGGCCAUGGACCGUGGCGAGGACGAUGACGAUGCCUCGCUGUCGAUCAUCGACGACGAGGAGCUCAACGAGCAGCUGGCCCGCAAUGAAGCGGAGCUGGAGCUGUACUCGCGCAUUGACCGCGAGCGCGACCAAGACCGGGCGGCAUCCUUCCGUAACACACGGCGUGCCCCACUGCCGCGGCUGAUGGAGGUGUCGGAGCUGCCGAAGGCCGUGGUGGACAAUCUGACCCGGUCGCUGACCGAUGCACCGGAGCUGACGCCCCAGCAGAAGUUGGAGAAACUGGAGAGCACCGGGCGCGGCCGGCGGCGGCCAACCGCCGUGCGCACCUAUUCCGAGGACAUCCUCUCCGAGACGGAGUACCUGGACGCCGUGGAGCAGGGCCGAGACAUUGAGGAGGUCAUCGAGGAGAAGUUGCAGCGGCUACGUCGGCGGGCGGAGCGGAGCGCAUCGCGCCUGGCCGAGUCCGGCGGCGCAUCGGACUCCGACUUGGCGGUGCCCGAGGAGCCGGUGCCGGCGGCCGCUGUCACCGCGGCCGCGGCCGGCUCUCCCCCGGCCAAGGUGCGUUGCGAUGUGCCUUUGUGUCUUUUUUUUUCCCCCCCCCGGCGGGCUGCUUCUCUUUUGUGCGUUGGUUCCCGGGGGCCCCUUUGCCCCCGGAGAGGGGGCGCUUUUCGCUGACCCGGGCCGGCUGUGCGGCUUUCCUUCAGCGUCUUCGCAUUUCCAGUGGCGGCGCAUCGCCGGUCAUGGUGUCGGUGGUGCAAAGCGCUGGCGCGGGGUCGACGCGUGCCCCGGCGGCAGGGUCCAGGGCGCCGCCGUCGCCGGCGGCCAAGAGGCCGGCCAGGGCGGCGUCUCCCCCGGCGGCCAAGAAGCCGGCCAAGGCGCCGCCCGGGCCGCGCAAGUCCACCGCCACCGGCCGGCGCAAGGCCGCCAAGGGUGCCGUGCCGCUCGGGCCCGAUGACCCGCCGCCGCCGCCGCCGGCCAAUGCCAUCGCCGGGUUGCAGCUGGAUCGCGGGUAUUCCGGCGCGUUGGGGUUCACGUUGGAGCUGUUCCGUGCCAUGGGGUCGCUUCCCUCGCGGGAGGAGCCCUUCCGCGAGGCGGCGGCGCUCUUCCACAACCUGCCCAACCGGUCGCUCUAUCCGGAUUACUACACCAUCAUCGCGGAGCCCAUUUCGAUGACGAUCAUCAGCCGGCGCCUCAUCAGCGGGUACUACCUGACCGAUCGGGCGUCGCUGGCCGCCGAGCCGGACCCCGUGGUGCUGGGCCUGGCGCCGGGGGCCGAGUCGGCCGAGCUGGCCGCCUCGUCGCGCAUUUGGCGCGGUCUCUUCCGGGACAUGGGGCUGCUGUUGAAGAAUGCCCGGACCUACAACACGGAGGAGAGCCAGGUGGUGGCCGACGCGCGGACGCUGUAUGGGCAUUUCGUGACGGCUUUCCGCAGGCGGUAUGGCCUGCCCGAUGAGGCGGUCGGGAGUGCGCCGCUGGUGCCGCCGCCGGCCAGGGGGGGCUAGCCAUCAUGGUGGGGCUGGGGUCUGCGCGUGUUGUAUGCAUGUGCAUUGCUUGUCCCCAUGCCCUGUGCCUGGGCCCUCGGUGCCGGGCGCGUGCAUGGUGCCACACCCUCCGUCGCCUGGGGGCCGCCGCCACGCGUGUUUGAGCAUGCAUGUUGGCAUGUGUGCG